GGGAGCGAGAGAAGCGAAAUGACAUUUCCUCUUUAAAUAGCUGGAGCCGGGGCCCCGUGGAGAAAUGGCCGCGUCGGCAGAUUUAAGUAAGUCUUCCCCAACACCGAAUGGGAUUCCAUCUUCAGACACAGCCAACGAUGCCAUGGACCCCUUGCAUGCGUGCAGUAUUCUUAAGCAACUCAAAACAAUGUACGAUGAAGGACAGUUGACAGACAUUGUAGUGGAAGUGGAUCACGGGAAAACAUUUUCCUGUCAUAGAAACGUUCUUGCUGCAAUCAGCCCUUACUUCAGAUCCAUGUUCACUAGCGGCCUUACAGAAAGUACUCAAAAAGAAGUUCGAAUAGUUGGUGUUGAAGCUGAAUCAAUGGAUUUAGUGUUGAACUAUGCCUACACCUCCAGAGUGGUUCUGACAGAGGCCAAUGUUCAAGCCUUGUUCACUGCAGCUAGCAUCUUCCAGAUUCCUUCCAUCCAAGACCAAUGUGCUAAGUACAUGAUCAGUCAUUUAGACCCACAGAAUUCUAUUGGGGUCUUCAUCUUUGCUGAUCAUUAUGGUCAUCAGGAACUCGGAGAUCGAUCAAAAGAAUACAUUCGUAAAAAGUUCCUGUGUGUCACCAAAGAACAAGAGUUUCUCCAGUUGACAAAAGAUCAACUGAUAAGUAUCCUAGACAGUGAUGAUUUAAAUGUAGCCCGAGAAGAGCAUGUUUAUGAAAGCAUCGUAAGGUGGUUUGAACAUGAACAGAAUGAAAGAGAAGCGCAUCUUCCAGAAAUUUUUGCCAAAUGCAUACGUUUUCCUCUGAUGGAAGAUGCCUUUAUAGAGAAAAUUCCACCUCAGUUUGCACAGGCUAUAGCCAAAAGCUAUGUAGAAAAGGGCCCAUCCAAUACCAAUGGCUGCACACAGAGACUUGGAAUGACUGCAUCUGAAAUGAUCAUAUGUUUUGAUGCUGCCCACAAACACUCAGGAAAGAAGCAAACAGUGCCUUGUCUAGAUAUAGUCACAGGAAGAGUGUUUAAGCUAUGCAAACCACCAAAUGAUCUAAGAGAAGUUGGGAUUCUUGUAUCACCAGAUAAUGACAUUUACAUUGCAGGAGGGUACCGGCCCAGCAGCAGCGAGGUCUCCAUCGACCAUAAGGCAGAAAAUGAUUUCUGGAUGUAUGACCAUUCCACCAAUAGGUGGCUUUCCAAACCCCCCUUGCUGCGAGCCAGAAUAGGCUGCAAACUGGUGUAUUGCUGUGGUAAGAUGUAUGCAAUUGGAGGUCGUGUUUAUGAAGGUGAUGGGAGAAACUCACUGAAAUCCGUGGAGUGCUAUGACAGCAGAGAGAAUUGCUGGACCAGCGUUUGUGCAAUGCCUGUUGCAAUGGAGUUUCAUAACGCUGUGGAGUACAAAGAGAAGAUCUAUGUUUUACAGGGAGAAUUCUUCCUCUUCUAUGAGCCUCAAAAAGACUACUGGGGUUUUUUAACCCCCAUGACUGUGCCUAGAAUCCAGGGCUUAGCAGCUGUAUACAAGGACUCUAUCUACUACAUAGCUGGAACCUGUGGAAAUCAUCAACGUAUGUUUACUGUAGAAGCCUAUGAUAUUGAGCUAAAUAAAUGGACUCGGAAGAAGGACUUUCCAUGUGAUGAGUCCAUAAAUCCGUACCUUAAACUGGUACUUUUCCAGAAUAAACUGCAUUUAUUUGUUCGAGCUACUCAAGUGACCGUUGAAGAACAUGUCUUCAGAACCAGCAGGAAAAAUUCCCUUUACCAAUAUGAUGACAUCACUGACCAAUGGAUGAAAGUAUACGAGACCCCAGACAGGCUCUGGGACCUUGGCCGGCAUUUUGAAUGUGCUGUUGCUAAACUCUAUCCUCAGUGUCUUCAGAAAGUACUUUAAUGAGUAGCAGGCCUUAGUGAGCUCACUGGCAUCUUGUGCUUGGGGAAACUUAAGUCUUUCAUGAUCCAAGAAGUGCUGUCAGUAUUUAAGAAGCUGAGAGAGUUUGUACAUGGCAAUGGGUGCUCUUAAAGAUUACGGUGUAGGGAGUGAUUUCUUUUCAUCCUUGUGAUGUUUUCAUUUCAUUAAGCAAAAGGUAACAAAGUGCAAUUAUCAGCCUUUUUUUUUUUUCUGGUAUAAAAGUAAUCAUUUUCAUUCUAGAAUUUUGUGAUAAUUCAUCACUGAGAUACCAGAUGAAUCAACAACUAUGCACUCUUAUAAGAGCAGUUAGGGUAUUAUGGUUAGAGACAUCCAAACUAGUCUGAUGUGACUUUUUAUUUUAAAUACGGGUAAAAAUUUGAGGCAAUAUCACUAGGCCUUUAGCUGUGACCUCUCCAACACAGAGAAGCACUAACUUAGAUCCU